AUGGCAAUAAAUAUUGUUCUAUUCUCUCUGUCACCGGAAUUCCGAUGUCUCUACGAUACUUAUCCGACGGCGUCGGAUAUAGUGAAUAGUAUCGCGGAUACGUUUGAGCCACAAAAUCGACCUUUGAGAUCAUUGGCGAUUUUUCGGAUAACGAACUCUAGAUUCGAGGAUGGUUCAUCCGUACAUGAUCAUGUACGGGGAAUGGUGGCCUCGUUGGAAGAGUUUAAGAUAUUGGGAGGGUCGAUUGACCCGACUUCUCAGGUGGAUAUCAUUCUCAACUCGUUACCGGACAGUUUUCACGAGUUUAAGACGUGCAUGAUGUCAAAAGUCAAGUGCAACGUCGUUGACCUUGUGACGGAACUGCAGAAGCGUGGGGAGUCGUUGCAAGAGGUCGGUACUGUGUCAUCUUCAUCGGGGAUCAUAUCGGGAAAGGGAAAGGAAAAGAUAGUGGAAGUGCCCGAAGACACACCGGAAGGAAGUGAUGAAGGACAAGUUGUAGAUCGGUUCACCGGAAUCUACUAUAGGAGACGGAAAUGGAGGAAGACAUCAAACAACUAA